AUGAAACAACGCCGUGAACAGAGUGUUCAACACGACGUUCUAUCAUCUGAUUCAAGCCGGAUACUAGCCAGCGGCGCCGUGAGAGAAGACAAGACGGGGGAAGAAGAAAUGAGCGGCGGAGGGAACAAUGCCGUGAACAGAGUGUUCUACGCGACUAGGUCUGGGACUUUACUCCAGCGCUUUCGUCUUCAAUUUCAUCAAUCGUUGCAAUCGCCUCACUUCAUAAAAUCACAUUGCUCCUCGUCGGAGAUGGCGUUUUUGCUCAACAACACCUCGAUUUCUUCUCACCUCCGAUCUUCUUCCCAGAAGACGGACGGUGCCUUUGCUCAACCCCGUCGUGGUUUCCAUGUCGAGCUAGGAGCUCGCGAGAAAGCUCUAUUGGCUGAGGAUGGUGCUUUGAGGAGAUUCAAGUCGCAUAAGAAAGGAGUGCACCGAUUGAAAAAGAUUGGAGAUGUGCUCACUGUUGUCGUUGUUGCUGGAUGCUGCUAUGAGAUCUAUGCGAGAGCAGUGAUGAGAAAGGAAGCUUAA